AUGACCAGCGUCAUUCCAACUUUUUCAGAGCUUAAGAGCCUCUCGGCUGCGUGUAACAAGCUCUGGGAGCUUGACACCAAUCGUUUGGAGCCCAAUGUGCACUACGAACUAAAUGUGCAGGAAGGCAAGAACGCUUUUGAUCGUAGUGACAUGGCACGUGACCCCCUCUUCACCUUCGUCGACCCGAGCGUCUUUGAGCGUCCCACGUACAAAAUGCUGUUUGAACUUCUGGACAAUUACGAACGCGAGACGGGUGUGACUGAGAAAGUGACACCUAAGGAACUGGCUGAGAACAACAUGUUCCUGAACGCAGUGAUCGAGACGGCACCCAUGCGUUAUGCGCACGCGUGGUUGUUAAAGAAUCACAAGGCUACGGGAGACCUCAAGGACUUCAAGAAAAAGCUGGAGUUUAUUUGGUUUGGACUGUACCGACGUGAAGCGCGCAACGACUCGUCAGGGUUUGAGCAUGUGUUUGUAGGUGAGGAGAAAAAUGGCAAGAUCUGCGGCUGCCACAAUUGGCUCCAAGUGUACAAUGAGGAGCGCAAUGGUCGCAUCAACUACAAGGGCUACAUCCGCCCUAGACAGCGUGGAUGCAAGUUUAUGGAGCCGACCAAUAAGGAGCAGCUUCUUACCUUCCAGUUCCAGUGGGAAGAUGAAACGAAGCUCGUGUCAACGAGCUUGAUCGGAGUGAGUCCAGAGUUCGAGAUCGCCCUGUAUACGAUGUGCUUUCUCAAUGGCCAAGAAAACAACCACGUGCAGCUUGGGCCUUACCUGUGCAACAUCAAGUGCUUCAGCUUUGGCCGCGGGAAGGACACAAAGAUUGGUACGACUUUCCCGGAGGCAUUGCCACUAACGGAGGCGCAGGCUGCGGCCAAGAUCCAGUCCAUUUUGCGUGGUCGCAUCACGCGUAGCCAUAUUUCGCAUGUUCGUCGUCAGGCACCACCUCCUCCUCCUGGUCCAGCUUGGGGUCCACCGCCAGGUGGUGCUGCCACCCCAGCUCUACAGCCUACCGGUACCCACUCAACUGGAAACGCGUGGGCUAAGCCUCUCUCUCAGUCUGCCUCAUCAGCCGCUGCAUCUCCGGUCGCUGCACUAGUUGCCUUGAAGCCCAUCGGUGCUUGGGGCCAGCCGCACAUAUUUUAG